GGCGGAUUCGAAGAGAGCGCGGCGGUUGGCGAAGCGGACCGGCGCAGCCUCCUCCGUUCGGGGAACGGUCCCCGCUGACAGAUCCCCUUCUUCCGGCCGCGCCACCCGGGAGGCGGGUCUCCGGGUCCCGAGGCGGCUUCCUCUGCCCGGUUCUCCCUCCCUCCCUUGCUCUCCGCGGCUUGACUGAGCGGCCUCUGAGGAGGAGGAGGUCGUCGGGGGCGGCGGGCGGAGACCGCGCUCCCCCUUCCCGGGCGGCGGCGGCGGGGCAGGACAAUGGAGGUGGCUGUGGAGAAGGCAGCGGCGGCCGCGGCUCCGGCGGCGGCCGCCGGGGGGCCCUCGGCGGCUCCGAGCGGAGAGAACGAGGCCGAGAGUCGGCAGGGCCCGGACUCGGAGCGCGGCGGCGAGGCAGCCCGGCUCAACCUGUUGGACACUUGCGCCGUGUGCCACCAGAACAUCCAGAGCCGGGCGCCCAAGCUGCUGCCCUGCCUGCACUCCUUCUGCCAGCGCUGCCUGCCCGCGCCCCAGCGCUACCUCAUGUUGCCGGCGCCAAUGCUGGGCUCUGCCGAGACCCCGCCGCCCGUCCCCGCCCCCGGCUCGCCGGUCAGCGGCUCCUCGCCUUUCGCCACCCAAGUUGGAGUCAUUCGAUGCCCAGUAUGCAGCCAAGAAUGUGCAGAGAGACACAUCAUAGAUAAUUUUUUUGUCAAGGAUACUACUGAGGUUCCCAGCAGUACAGUAGAAAAGUCUAAUCAGGUGUGUACAAGCUGUGAAGACAAUGCUGAAGCUAAUGGGUUUUGUGUAGAGUGUGUUGAAUGGCUGUGCAAGACAUGUAUUAGAGCUCAUCAGAGAGUGAAGUUCACAAAAGAUCACACUGUCAGACAGAAAGAGGAAGUAUCUCCAGAGGCAGUGGGUGUGACCAGCCAACGACCAGUGUUUUGUCCUUUUCAUAAAAAGGAGCAAUUGAAGCUUUAUUGUGAGACGUGUGACAAACUGACAUGUCGGGACUGUCAACUGCUAGAGCACAAGGAGCAUAGAUAUCAAUUUAUAGAAGAAGCUUUUCAAAAUCAGAAAGUGAUCAUAGAUACACUAAUCACCAAACUGAUGGAAAAAACAAAAUACAUUAAAUACACAGGAAAUCAGAUCCAAAACAGAAUAAUUGAAGUAAAUCAAAAUCAAAAGCAGGUGGAACAGGAUAUUAAAGUUGCUAUCUUUACAUUGAUGGUAGAAAUAAAUAAAAAAGGAAAAGCUCUGCUGCAUCAGCUAGAGAGCCUUGCAAAGGAUCAUCGCAUGAAACUUAUGCAACAACAACAGGAAGUAGCUGGACUUUCUAAGCAGUUGGAACAUGUCAUGCAUUUUUCUAAAUGGGCAGUUUCCAGUGGCAGCAGUACAGCAUUACUUUAUAGCAAGCGAUUGAUUACAUACCGGUUACGGCACCUCCUUCGUGCAAGGUGUGAUGCUUCCCCAGUGACCAACAACACUAUCCAGUUUCACUGUGAUCCUAGCUUCUGGGCCCAAAAUAUUAUCAACUUAGGUUCUUUAGUAAUCGAAGAUAAAGAGAGUCAACCACAAAUGCCUAAGCAGAAUCCUGUCGUGGAACAGAAUUCACAGCCACCAGGUGGUUUAUCUUCAAACCAGUUAUCCAAGUUUCCAACACAGAUCAGCCUAGCUCAAUUACGACUCCAGCAUAUGCAGCAACAGGUAAUGGCUCAGAGGCAACAGGUGCAACGGAGGCCAGCACCUGUGGGUUUACCAAACCCUAGAAUGCAGGGGCCCAUCCAGCAACCUUCCAUCUCUCAUCAGCAACCCCCUCCACGUUUGAUAAACUUUCAGAAUCACAGCCCUAAACCUAAUGGACCAGUUCUUCCCCCUCAUCCUCAACAGCUGAGAUAUCCACCAACCCAGAAUAUCCCACGACCAGCAGUAAAGCCCAACCCCCUGCAGAUGGCUUUCUUGGCUCAACAAGCCAUAAAACAGUGGCAGAUCAGCAGUGGACAGGCCACCCCAUCAACUGCCAGUAGCACGUCCUCCACUCCCUCCAGCCCUACCAUCACUAGUGCAGCAGGAUACGAUGGAAAGACUUUUGGUUCACCCAUGAUCGAUUUGAGCUCACCAGUGGGAGGUUCUUACAAUCUUCCUUCUCUUCCAGAUAUUGAUUGCUCAAGUACUAUUAUGCUAGACAAUAUGGUGAGGAAAGAAGCUACCAUAGAUCAUGGCCAGCCAAGACCACCCUCAAACAGAACUGUGCAAUCACCAAAUUCAUCAGUGCCAUCUCCAGGCCUUGCAGGACCUGUUACUAUGACUAGUGUCCACCCCCCAAUACGUUCACCUAGUGCCUCCAGCGUUGGGAGCCGAGGAAGCUCUGGCUCUUCCAGCAAACCAGCAGGAGCUGAUUCUACACACAAAGUCCCAGUGGUCAUGUUGGAGCCAAUCCGAAUAAAACAAGAAAACAGUGGACCACCCGAAAAUUAUGAUUUCCCUGUUGUUAUAGUUAAACAAGAAUCAGAUGAAGAAUCUAGGCCUCAAAAUACGAACUAUCCAAGAAGCAUACUUACUUCCCUACUCUUAAAUAGCAGUCAGAACUCUGCUUCUGAGGAAACUGUGUUAAGAUCCGAUGCCCCUGAUAGCACAGGAGAUCAGCCUGGACUCCACCAGGAAAGUUCCUCAAAUGGAAAGUCCGAGUGGUCAGAUGCCUCCCAGAAGUCGCCUCUUCAUGUUGGAGAGACGAGGAAGGAGGAUGACCCCAAUGAGGACUGGUGUGCAGUUUGUCAAAACGGAGGGGAACUUCUGUGUUGUGAGAAGUGUCCCAAAGUCUUCCAUCUUUCUUGUCAUGUGCCCACAUUGACAAACUUUCCAAGUGGAGAGUGGAUUUGUACUUUCUGCCGAGACUUAUCUAAGCCAGAAGUUGAAUAUGAUUGUGAUGCUCCCAGUCACAACUCAGAAAAAAGGAAAACCGAAGGCCUUGUUAAAUUAACACCAAUAGAUAAAAGGAAGUGUGAACGCCUCCUUUUAUUUCUUUACUGUCAUGAAAUGAGCCUGGCUUUUCAAGACCCUGUUCCUCUAACUGUGCCUGAUUAUUACAAAAUAAUUAAAAAUCCAAUGGACUUGUCAACUAUCAAGAAAAGACUACAAGAAGAUUAUUUCUUGUACACAAAACCUGAAGAUUUUGUAGCUGAUUUUAGACUGAUCUUUCAAAACUGUGCUGAAUUCAAUGAGCCUGACUCAGAAGUAGCCAAUGCUGGCAUAAAACUUGAAAGCUAUUUUGAAGAACUUCUAAAGAACCUUUAUCCAGAAAAAAGGUUUCCUAAGCUAGAAUUCAGGAAUGAAUCAGAAGAUAAUAAAUUUAGUGAUGAUUCAGAUGAUGACUUUGUACAGCCCCGGAAGAAACGCCUCAAAAGCAUCGAGGAACGCCAGUUGCUUAAAUAAACAGCACAAUUGGCAUAUGCUUGUUUUUAGAUUUUUUGUUUGUUUGUUUUCAAAAAAAAAAAAAUUUUUUUUUUUCAGUAAUUUAACAUCGAUACAAAGAAGAGUUUGUGAGCUCUCUGAUCUGUUUUAGACGUUUUACUAGACUUUGAUUUCCUUAAUAACCCAUUUCUUUUAACCUCUUAUUUAAAAAGAAGGAAAAAGAAAAGAAGGAAAUGAAUGGGAAAAAGAAAAUGAAAGAAAGGAGGGGAGAUAGAAAGUAUGGUAGAAGAAAAGGAAGAAAGUAAGAAGCAUCAACAAUAAAAUAAAGAGACAUUCUUCUCACUCCUUGGAUUUUAAAACCACAAUCUGGAGCAAUAGCUACUAUAGAAGGGAAAUUGACUUUGUAUGAACUCUUAAGUUAAAAUUUUAAUGUGGUUUGAAUGUGUGCAUUAAUCUGUUUUUAGAAAUUAAUGCCACUGCUCAUUGAUUAUGGCCCAACCAUAAGAGCUAGGUUUAUUGUACUUAACAGCAAUGCUCCCCAAACAUGAGUGGUAAGGAGUUCUUUCCCAGGAUGCCAACUGGUGCAAUGAAAGGGUAGAUUAGAUGCUAUUACAAAGGCACCUAAUGGUAUAUCUUGUAAGAUGGCAACUGUAUUAAAGAAAAAACAGGAAAACAAAUGUUUGGUUUUUGUUUUCGUCUUUAUCUUGCCUGUAGAGGUGUUUGGUAUAGCAGGUAUUCAAGACCAUUUAUAUUUCUAGAUCUAGAUUUUCUUUAGCUUUCUCCUCCCCUAAAGGAAGUAAGUGUGCACAUGUUUGGUUUCGCUGUGUGUCUAUGUGGUUGGUUUGUUUUUUUAAAUGUGUAGAUAUUCUUUCAUAACAAUCCUCAUUGUUUUCAAUAUGGCUUUUAGUGGAACUAUCCAAAAUAUAAAAUAUGGCUGGGCACACCAUGUUUGAUUUGAGGUUUCUUCAACAUAUGUCCUCUCGGACCCUAAAAAUAAGUUCCCCUGAAAGGAACUAGUUGUUAUGGUUUUCUUGGGUCUUUAUAAUGAAAAUGUGUUGUAGGAUUUGAGAGCAGGUAUUUGGAGGAAAUUAAAAUGAAAAAAAAAAUUUUUUUUGAUGCAUCUAUUUACUGUUUUUGUUUGUAGCUGAUUUUAGACUGAUCUUUCAAAACUGUUCUACUAUUUGCAGAUGAUUUCUGUUUGUAUCUCAGAAGGUUUAGGCAUAUGUUCUAAACUAUUGGGGGUAAAACUUCACAUUUUAGGUAAAGACCCCACACACACACAUUUAAGAAUCAGAGCCCCAAAUUUUAUCCUUGAUCUGAUUUAAUAAGAAUUUCUUUUUCAUUCUGAUCAAGACACAGAAGAUCUAUCUUCUAAGGAGAGGCAUGUUGUUAACAGGCCAGCCCAGCUAGUUUAACAUCCAUUUAUUCAUUACAUGUUCAGUGUUUUUUUAGAGCCAGAUAAACUGUCAAAGAAUCUAAUCCAGCAUUUGACUAAAUACUCACACAUGAAUAUUUUUAGUUUGCCAAAGUAAACCUUUAUAAAUAAGACACUACAAUUAACAUCUGGAGGAAAUGUUUCUUUUUUUAGGAGGACAGAAAAACUUGAAUUCUCUGGUUAUAUUGCCUCCCAUGAAUUAAGCAUAGAGCAUUUGGUUUUAUCCACAUGACAUUACUUUCUGAAAUGGACAAUUUGAAAAUAUUCUGUGGAUAAUUCAUUGGGUUUUCAGGUAUUGCUAAAAGACAAAAUAUAAGGAGAAAAUAGCUAUUAGCAAUAGUUUCCCAUUUUCUACAUAUAGACUUAGGUCUUAUCCAUAAUAUAUCAAUAAUGUAUUGUUAAAAAGUUUUAAUCAUUUUUCCAAAUAUGUGCUAUAUGGUGAUGUUUGUUAUUGUGUUAUUUUGAAUAUGCAUUUGACAUUUGUUCUCCUAAGAGUAUCUGAACAAAUUUUGAUAAUACAUAGACUUUUUUGUCUGUUUUUACUCCAGUAUUCUUAGCCCAGCAACUGUAGAGUUUUUUGCUAACACGUUUAUUAUUGGUAUCUUAGAA